CGCCUCGGGAGAGAGAGAGACGCGGGAGAGAAUGGGAGGGGAGAGCGGCGGAUGAGAGGCACAGAGAGAGCGAGCGCGCGAGUGUGGCGGGGGAGAGACAGAGAGAAGGAGCGCUGUGGAUUCCUUGUUAACGCUGCUGCUACAUGUUAGAGAGAGAGACACAACGCAGAGACACACACAGAGAGAGACAAUAGACGCAGAGACAGAGGGAGCCACACGCAUCGACACGAGAGCGACAGCGGCACGAUUCAUCGCUGCUACAACUACGACUACACAUCAGCGAGCGAGUGAGUGAGUGUGUGCUAGAGAGACACAGAGGCACCACCCACAGAGAACAGGGAGAGAGAGAGGCGGGGAGGGGACACAGACUGCCUCGUGUGUUGCCUGUGAACAUGGCGAGCCGGCGAGGUGCGCACAUCGAUCAGCGGCAGCGGCACGAGCGGCGGCGCAGGUGAAUCACCCGCACGGCGCUCACCUCCGGCUCGCUCACCUGCGCCGGGCGUGUGAGAUGCUCACCACCACCACCAUCAUUAUCAUCAGCUCCUGCCGUCACUUCUGCCCCCUUCGCUCCGAUCACGAAGCGCGGAGACUCCGGGAGACGCUGCAGCCGUCACCUCUCCUUCGCACCCCCUCCCGGCGCGUCUCGUAACCCCCGAUCGGUGGCGGUGGAACAGCGAAGCAAACCUCCUCGGAGGGUCGAGGAGCAAGAAGCUCCGAUAGCCCCCGGGGGGGGGGGGCGCAUCGCCCAACUAGAGCUGCCCAGGUGAGAUUCUACAGGUGAGAUUCUACAGGUGAGAUUCUACAGGUGAGAUCCUGCGGCCGGGAUCAUCCGAGCCACGCCGAGAUCCUUCCACCCCGAGAAGGCUCCCGUCCGUCAACGAUCUUCGGGGCCAAGGUCACCCGCGGGAGAAGAUCCGACAGCCGGGACCUCACCGUUACCCAUCGAGGCACCCGAACCGAUUGGUCCGUCGAGAUCCUCUCGUCCAGAUCGUCCCAUAAGUUCCAAGACUCUCCACCACCACCACCACCACCCACCACCGCGACCAUGCCGUUCUACAAGCGGGUGCUGAGUCCCGGCGGUGGCGACGACGCGGGCGCCACGAACCCGCGUGGCCGCGCUUCGGAACCUUGCGAGGACCUGGGUCACGCCUCCAGCCGGGCCCUGGGGGACACUCUGCGUCAGCUGGCCAGCCUCGCUCGCCACGCUCUCGGCAUGUUCGCCGAGCUGGAAGCGGCGGCGAGAUUGGUGGCUCUGCGUUCCGAGAGGCUGGAGGGUCGGGUUCGAGCCCUGCGCGCAGCAUCCGCGGCGCUCGACUGCAGGGCCGUGGCAGUGCCCGUGUCCACCCUGCAGGAUGAGAGCCGGAGGACGGAUCACUUCCGGACGACUCGCGCCGUCAAGACCAACGCGCUGGUGCCGUCGACGCGUCCACGCUGCGUGGACGAGCUCUGGCAGAGCGCGGCGGAGAAGCCCAGAGCGGAGCGCCACGAUCAGGACAGUGUAACGGGGAGUCAAGCGUCCACCGAGUCGCCCCGUGAAUCCAUUCGGGUCACACUGAGGGCUCCUCCGCCUUCGCCGGCUGUGAGCUCCGGCAGUGCUGCUGCUGCUGGCGGCGGUGGUGGUGGCAGCGGUGGCGACGGCGGCAGCCGCCACGUGACGGAACGGAGCGGGUGCUGUAGCGUCACUCCCUGGAGCCCCAAGUGCCUCCCACGCAGCCACGUGGAGGAAGACGACGACGAGGAAGGAGAUGAAGCGGUUGAAGAGGGAAGGCCGCCGUCGCUGCUGAGGAAGUACCGCAGGGGCCCCGUCCCCAACGUUCCGUGCACGUUGGACCGUCGCACCAACUGGACGGAGGAGCUGCCCCUGCCCACACCAGAGCAGCGCAUGCGCGAGACCGCGUGCCAGAUCGUCUCCGACCUCGUGCCCAUCAACGUGUCCGGCAGCAACUUCGAGCGCCAGGCCAGCGCGCGUCGCUCCUUCGCCACCUCGGAGUCGAUCGUUCGUCGCAAGAAGCGUCUCCAGCGAAGGAAAACCAUCACGGGCAUCCCCGAGCACGUGCGCAGGGAGCUGGGCUGCUGCUACGGCACCGACGGCUGGCGCUGCCACUCGCUGUCACGUCUGGGCAACUCGACGUUCCUGUCGGCGCUGGAGCCCCGCGAGACGUGCGACUCGGCCUGCCAGACGGACGACGGGGAGCACCACCACCAGGAGCAGCAGCAGCGGCGAGAGAAUCACCGGGGGGGGGCCCUGCUGGCGCCGACCCCCCACGUGGUGUCGCCCAGCGAGAGGCGCGUGCGGGCUCUGCUGCACCGGCGCGACGGUGCUCCCGACCGCAUCUCGCGCUCGCAGGGGGACGUGCGCGGCCCGGCUCUCGCCACGAAUGCCGCACGCCGAGCCGCGGCGGAUAUCGACAGCGACGACGACGACGACGACGACGACGAUGACAACAACGAUCGAGACAGCGGCAGGGGCGGCAGCGGUGGCGGCGGUAGCGCCGUCGGUUUUUCCGCCCGGCGGGAGUUCGGCCGCGACUUGGCUGCCGGACGCUCCCCGGUAACGGACGGGGAUCGCCAAACGCGGGGUCGCGAGGACGCGGACGCCACGACGCGCGUGGAGGUGCAUCGCACCGACUCGGACGCCCGGGACUCGGCGAGCUCAGAGGAGGGCUCCGUGUUUCUGCCCUCCAACUCGAGCGGAUCUGACAGGGUAUGCUUGACCAACCGAGGCGCCGACGGGACUGAAACGGCGGGGGACAUGGCCAACCUCGGCCACGGCGAGUCCUUGUCGGGCGGCACAAGUCGGUUGAAAAGUAAUGAGCGACCGAAACGUUUGGUGAACGGUGUCGCGCUCCCGCUAGCCGCGGCACGCGAGCAGCACCAGUGCACGUCACACGGACGGUCGCGCGCACCUUCCACCGCCCACGUUCAGGGCCUGCAGCUGAACAAUGGGGCGCCGGUGCCUCCCGGGCAAAUGCCGGCGGCGGCCACGUGCGCUGCCGCUGAUCCGGACGGAGCGCCGAUGUGCAGACAGAGGGGCGGCGGCGCCGCUUCGGAGGUUGUGGGAAAAUGCGGAGCGGCUCGCGAAGCCGGCUCGCAUCAUCAUCAUCAUCAUCAUCGGGGCGUUUUUCCCGAAACCGAGUCGUCCGAGAGGUCGGACGCCGGCUCCAUGUUUUCGGAGGACAUGGACGGCUACUACACCUCAAUGCACUUCGACUCAGGGCUGCGCGGCCGCAGCUACAGCAGCGCCAGCUCAGAGCCGAGCCACCCCGGCAGGGGCAUGCGCAACCGCAGCUUCUCCAUCACCAAGCUGCGCCAGAAGCCGGCACCGCCAAAGCGCGAUGUCUCUCUCCGCAGAGAUGCGCAGCCUCAAAUUGCCAGCGCCUGCAAAACCGGCGCCAGCGGCCGGCAUUCCUCAGACGGCGCGAGUCUGGCCGAAAGCCAGGCGGCUCUUGCCGGUUGCUGCGCCCGGAGAGCGAUGGUGGCGUCCCACGGCGAGGAAGAGAAGCUGAGAGCACUUAGAAUUUACAACGGCACCGCAGGCCGGCACGAGGACGCGCUGCUGAACAACCACAGGGUACGCGAUGCUACAGCAGCACCGCACGCAACAAGCGAGACACCAAAAAGCAGCAGCGCGUUCGUCAGCACCGCCAACAACGGGCCCCAUCGGGGCCUCAAGAUCCCGAAUGGCGACGUCAUCCCGGCCGCGGGCUAUGCGCCGCACGACGCUCAGGAGCUCCUCGGAGGGAGGGCCUCGCCGGAGGGGACUCAGCUCGCCGAGUUGAGGAGGUCGCUGAAGCUGGACAUCAAGACGACUCACGCCGCAUCCACCUGCCAGAAGAACAACACCGCGCGCUACGAAGACCCGUGGGUGCUCCGAGACAACUCGGAGGCAGCUGCAGAGACUCCCACGGCAGGUCCGGAACGGGCCACGGUUUCAUGCCAAGUGCCGGCGAUGACACCGGCGAUGACACCGGCGAUGACACCGGCGAUGACACCGGCGAUGACACCGGCGGUGGCGGUGGCCGCCACUCCGACCGUCCGUCGAUCCGAGUCUGUGGACUCCUGGAGCUAUGACGAGAUGCUCCCGAGUGAGGCCUACCACUCGCUGUCGAGCUCCAGCACGGCCACCGGCACCACGGUGGUGGAGUGCCAGAGGCUGGGCUCAGACGAGGCGCUGAGCGGCAACUCGCCGCGCGCCGCGCCCUCCUCGCCGGCCACCACCGCCUCGAGCCAGUCCAAGUCGUCAUCGCCCGAGAAGGUGAGCAGCGUCACGUCGCCCUCCAGCGGCUACUCGAGCCAGUCGGGCACGCCGACCUCGCUCGUGCCGGCGCCGCUGUUCCCGCGCUCCGGAUCUCCCGCCGUUGUCAAGGUCAAGCCUAAAGUCCCCGAGCGGACAUCCUCCUUGAAGCCGCCCGUCACGCACAGGCCGCAGCCGCCGCCGCCGCCGGUGAUGGCCGGCGAGUACAGAGAGAUCGUCGCGAACAGUUACCCCGCGGUGCCCGGUUCGGCAAUGUCAGCGGGGCAAACGACAAAGCCAAACCGAGAAUCCCCCAUGUUUCACUUUCCGCCGGACCCGUGCUUCGUGACCGCCUCGCUCGACGGCAUUUUGCUGAGCCGCGUGAUGUCGUCCUGCUCGGAACUGUACAGCAAGCGUGGCCACCUCGUGCAGUCCGCCUCGUUCCCCUGCCAGUACGCGAGCGGCGUCAUGGGUCCCGUCAACGGCGGCGGCGGUGGAGCCAUCAAAAUGCAGGAUCCGGCUGUUGCGGCCGUCAAGGUGCUAGAUAGGCACGUGGGCAAGGUGGUGGGGACGCCCGUGCCGGACUACGAAUUUGUCAAGCUGCGGAUGGAGAAUGGGACGUGUGUGCUUCCGAAACCACUGCCAGACCUCCUGACGGAUUCACAGAGGCCGGCGCAUGCCACAGCGCCGGUGUCAGCAUAUCACCACUGCGGCGCACACCGCCGCCACCGCCACUGCCAACCCGAUGCCACGAAGCCCAGUGUGCAGGCUUCGGCGGCGUCACCUCACAAAGCUCAGGAUUUCAUGGACAGGAAGAAAUGUGCAGACCCGACGAUUGACUCUUCUGACCAGUAUCACACAUCAGCGGUGGCAGUGGCGGCAGGAGUGGCAGCAGAGACAGCGAAAUGUGACAUCAGUUCGUCCGCACGGGUCAACCAAGCCGAGGUUUCCUGUGCGGAGAGCGUUACUAAAUCCAACAAGAAUUCAGAAAGCGAGCCGCUUCCGAAAUGCCUGGACGAAUCGACUUUGACGCCAGCCACCCCAGCUCUGCUCCAUCAGCCGUCGUUCGCUCCACCAGAAACCUCAAGUGCCGGCUGCGCGUUGGACAGUUCGGGGUCUCAGCUGGUGCUUCGCUCGUACAAAGAUGCGGCGCCCAGCGGUCGGGAAUGCCACCAGAACAACCAAGCGACAGCCACGAUGGCACGCUCGCCAGCGUCGCCGUCCGUGUCCUACUCCGUGUCCGUCUCCCACCCCAAGUCGCCGCAUGCGUUCACGGCAGUGUCGUCUCAUCAGGGUUCAGCCAGCAUCCAGGAUGUGGAGCACAGCUCCAGGCCGAUUGAAAACGGCAGCGCAAAUAUAACCGAGCGGGUGGCCACGUGCAACGGAGGGUCACCUCCGUGGGAGGAUAAGUGCGAGCGGCACACAGAGGUGCCUGUGGCGGCUGUGAAAGAAGCUCCGGGAAUUCUGGGUAAGGAGCAGCAAGUGAGAGGGAAAGAGGCGGUUGCCACGGAGACGGAGGAGGGCAGCACGCGAGUUUCGCAGGAGUCGGCUGACGACGUCGGCGAUGAAGUGUUCGAGUUUCGAAUGGCGAAAGUCGUGGCAGAAGAAUACGACGAGGGGACAAUGCGGAGGUCAAACUCGCGAUCCGAGGAUGACGUCUUCGUAACAUCCCCCUCGGUCUCCAUGACAACCGCCGACCUCUUUGAAGCCAUUUACAGGUCAAAGAGGAAGUUCCUGUGCCGGAAGGAGUCCGCCGAGAGGGGCUCAUCGGACAGCACUCCGGGCUCGCCGGUGGUGACAUCGCCGAUCGUCGGCUCCCCGAGGCUGUCCUCCCCUCACGGCCGGCGCUCGCAAACCAGCCAGGAGCAUUUCAAGGCGCUGCUGCUGCGUAAGGGCUCCCGCUCCGACGCCGGCUCCAGGAUGUCGGCCGCCGAGCUGCUCAAGCACACCAAGAAUGCCGCGGCGGCCGCCGCCGGUUCUCCACGACCCGACGACGGCUCGGCGUCGCCGCUCGCGCGCGGUCACCGCGAGUCGCCGGCGGCGGCAGCGUCGUCCCCCGGCUGGCAGGGGAACGGGACGCCGGGUCGCAGGGAGCACCGGGCGCGGCACCCGCUGGCGAUCCGGGCGGGGGUGAGGGGCGACGGGGUGGCUGUUUCGCCGGGGGCUCGGCACGGGCCCCGCGGCCUGAGGCUCGCGUCGGUGCGGCACUCGCCGGCGAUGCAGCCGAUCUCGGAGGGAGAGGGCGAGACGGCGGAAGCGGCCGCCGCCGAUGAUGAUGAUGAUGAUGGCGGCGAAACUCCCUCGGAGGGGGCCGGUGAGAGGAGAGAGGAAGAGUCGCCUUCAGGGUCAAAGGUCGACGAGCAUUGAUCGUGGGUAGCAAAGCGGCCGAGGGAGAAGUUGAGAAGUGCUUUUUCAAAAAAAGUAGUUUUCCUUGUUGUUGUUUUUUUAUGGAAAAAAUUAUCACAUCAAUGCUGGUAUAUAUGUCUUUACAGCACAAUGUCAUAGCCGUCAGUUCCUAAAGAAGAUGUAGUCUCUGAGUGUCUGAAUGUCUCAUGCAGUUCCCAUGUAAUUAGAUCAAGUAUGUACCAGUGUGUAAACUAUUUAACAUUUAAAAUGCACCCUAAGAAAAAUAGAGGCAUUAAAAAAAAUGGAGUAAGGUUUGAAGUGCAGUGUUUGCAUUGACUAGAGGAAGAGCUGUUUAAUCUGUAGUUUGAUGAUGAGUUGUGGUGUGAGUGGUGGGAGGUGGUGUUGGCGCCGUGGAUGUGUUUGAAGGUGAUCGGGCUGUAGGGAACGUGAUCCCUUACAAGAAAGUGCUUUAGAGAAAAAUGUACAUACGAGUAUAUAAGAAAAAGAGAAAUAUCACGCAAGAGUAUACGUUAACAAGAGCGUUGAUUGAUCAGAAGUCUCGUUUUGUCUUCGAGGGUUUAAAGAAAAUGCUUCUGGUUAAAUCUUUGCAAGGUGUAUCUCAAGCCCUGUGCAGUACAACGUCGGAUAUCUGAUUCGCUAUGUACUGGAGAUUUAGGCUGAUAUGUGAAAAAAGUCAGAUACGUGAAAAUCUAUAAAAGUUGGAUGGUUACAUAACGCACAAUAAAUGCAGGUUACUGGAAAAAAAGAUAAAGCGCAAGCUGCUUUAAACGUGGGGAAAUUAUUUACUGCACCUGAAAAGUAGUCAAAUGUACAGUACGCGAGAUUGCAUAAAAAAAAUGUAUGAACAUCUAUAGAAGAUUAAAUUCACGAUGUGCGCAAAUACCGUUGGUUUUGAGCGGUUUAUCGAUGAGGACGGACAUAGGACGGGUUGGAUAUGUAACGUUGUACUGUAGUGGUGGUGUUCUUGUUCUAGAGACGCUUUUGUGCGUCAAACGUGCCUCUUGCCCUCUGAUGAAGUGUUCUUUUACGAGUAGGGGAAAAAAUCGGCAGAGGGUGGUGGGAGUGAUGAGCACCACUGCUUGUGCUUGCUGUUGGAAGGAGUGCGUGGAGAAGGAAAAUGCAAGUGUGUGGGGAAAAAAGUGUAUAACGAAAAGUAUUUUUUUUUUAUUAAAAUAAAAAAAAUGUACGAGUUCGGGUUUUGCUACGGUCAGGGCCAACAGACUUCUGAAGAAAGCUUUGCUCCAGUUUACGUUAUUUUAUUCAAGUUUGAGGCGGUUGUGGUUAUAGCUGAAGACAAACAAAAUCAUGUUGAAAUUUGUGAAUGAAGACUUAUUUAAGGCGAUUUGCUUAAAUGUGCUCAGAGGAGAACUGUUUGUGAAGUUUUAUAUUUUCAACCUUUUACAUUGUCAUUUUUUUCUCAAUUAACUGUUACAAAGAAAUAAAAAAAAACAUUACCUUAUCAUAUUAAUUUAUUCCACUGUUUUACUGGCAAAUUCUAAGCAAUGUUUUUUUUUUAUCAAAGAAGCAAAAGGAAAAAAACAAUUGGAGGAGAUAAAAAUAUUAAAGUUUACGCCUAUGAAGUGUGUGAUCUUGUUGAUGGCGUCUGCUGGCCCUGGUUAUUAGAAGGCAGUUUGUGAUGAAGUGGGAGGGAGGGUCGACGCCGCAUAAUUCUCCGACGUGUUUUCGGCUUGUACUUCGUUGUCGAUGGCCAAAUGCGCACAUCGGAGACCGAAGAUGUGAGAAGGUUUCUUUUGGGUUAGAUCGUGGAGGUAUAUACACAUUUUUUAAAAGAAUUCGGAUCAGGAAGCACUUUCGCGCUUGAGCUGAGAUUUCGUUAACACACAAUGAUGAUGGAAGUAAUCUCCGGCUAAGCGUCGUACAAAACUGUCAAAAUUUAUCUGGUUUGCUGAGAAACCAAAUCAAUUGGCAUAUUUGCCCACGUGACAACUCGAUUUGAUUGGCUGCGAUGGGUGGUGGAGGGUUAAGGGGAGCCGUGGUGGGGAGAUAUUAUCUCCCUGGCCUGAUACAGCAGGAGUCCAUGGGUUCGAUCCCGACCCUGACGAUGCCUGUUGCAUAUUUGGAGUGUGCGUGCUCUCUUUCCCCGAGGUCACGUGGAUUUUCCUCCGGGUCCUCCGACUUUGCCCCUCCACAUUUAGAAAACAUGCGUUUAGAUUAUUUGGUUAGGACUCUAAAUUACCACGUGUCAUGAAAUAAGCCACUUCAAUGUGCAACCGUAUAUGGCCAGGUCGCCUCUGAAAAAGAGCUACUCCAUUGCUCAGUGGGCUUUACCUGGUAAAUACAAUUUCAGUUUUCAUAUUACAUUGUACAUUAAGCCGAGACAAUCUAACCCAAAAUAAACUAAUAGUGAACCAUAAUAUUGGCCGCGAGAGCCUACGUAAACAAUCGUUGCAGUAUUAUUUUAGCCGAGGUGUGCGACGCACUGACGUUGGAUUCCAAAUGAGUGUGCGCGUGCAAUGUCCAAGUCGUCUGUAUUUACCCACCACGUUCAGUGUCGUCUCGCCUAACCACCGGAUUUUUCGUUAUUUAAGCGUGGGCCUUGUUUAUGAUUACUCUUAUUGAUUUGUUGCUUAGGUAACAUUUUACUUUCAUUUCUAGAUUUGAAGCUUUCGUGACUGCAAAGAUUCAUACUCUUAGUUCUUUCGGUAAAGUCACGUAGGUAAAAAAAUGAAAUUAAAAUUAAUAAUUUUAAUUUCAGUCACGUAGGUAAAAAAAAUGAAAUUUAAAUUAAUAAUUUUUAUUUCAGUUUUUUACCUACGUGACUUUACCGAAAGAACUAAGAGUAUUACUUUCAUCUGCUUCAGUGCAUGAUAAACCGCACCAUUAGCCGUGAGUGGUUAACGACUGAAGUGUACAAGCAUCAUGUGAACACCUUAAACUGUUGGUUUCCAACCCACACUUCGUGAAGUCCCAUCGUAAUAGUUAUUCACAGUGAUCCGUCCUUGUGUUUGUCAGAAGUGACGAAGUCCAAGGCAUCGAUGACCUCACUCUGCCCAUACCCUUCCAUGCCUCAAACCUGUCUUACAUGUGAAUUAAAGUGGCUGUGUGGUUUUUUUUUUGGUUAACGGUUGGGUCACUCGCCGUAGGGAGUGAAUCUGAAGCUGCGUUCUUGGUGUAACCGUCACGAAGCCACUCAGUUUCAGCCCUUGGCUUUUUAAGUGACUCAGCUUCUCCAUCGCUUCUCCAUCGCUUCUCCUCGGUGUGCAUGAGUUGCUCACGAUUAGUGCCGUAGAUGCUCAUAGAUGAUGGAUGGCAUCCACCCAUACGACAGCGGUGUUUCUUUUCACUUUGUUUUUCUCACUUGCCAAAGACAAUACGCUAAAACCGACAAGUUCUUUGGAGAAAUGAAUUCAUGCCUUUCUGAAUUCAUGGAGUAAAAAUAUUCUUUUUUACUUUGUGCUGGUAUUUCUUUUGUUUAGUCCUCGUGUUUUGAAGUCCAUCUUAUCGCUCAAAACAACUACGGCAAUAGAGAACUGGUUAAUUGCAUUUGUGUGUUGGAUAAAACUCCAGUGUGCCACACGACUUAGUAUUAUAACGAUGUAAAUAUGACGCAUUACACUAACAACACUACUCAGUAGACAUUGCACUAGUUUAUCUUAGCAUGUAGUUUUUGUGUUGUUUUUUUAAAAAUAUAUAUUUACCCACUAAAUUUUGUUGUAAAUAUUCCUGUGCCCCCUUUCUGCCACGUGUAUGUGCUAUGGUGUGGUGCUAAUACACUACUGUAUUUAAACCGCCACGUGCAUUACACUCCGAGCACGUUCCGUAUUGUAGCUGCCAACUCAAUGUGGGUCCCUUUCCGCCCCUCCCCUAUUGCUUACGUAUACUUGAAUUGCCACAUUUGUAACAACCUGCAGACAAAAUAAAUUAAUACGAU